AUGUCUUCGUUUCCACUGAGAAAGUUCUCUACCGCUGGCGGUCCGAACGACUUGCUCGCCGCUCAGAUUCACAACAGGCGGGCCAACGACCGAGCCAUUAUUGAGAAUCCGCUGGACAAAAGACUCAGUACUGAUAUUGCAGCCUACUUUACCGAUGAUGAGCUGGAGCAAGACGUGCAGAACUUUGCAGAGCUAUAUCUCCCGCAUGUCGAAUUCGCAAAGGUCCUACGAGCGGCCCGCGUGGCCAAGGACAUUCGGCUCUACGAGGAGGUCGCCCGGUCACCUGACCCUCACAUGGGCGAGGAUCUUCCCGUCAUCUUGACGCCGCAGGAGAAACGAUUUUUGAAGCGCGAGCGCGAUGUCGUUUUCAGUGAAAGGGGCAUGCGCAAGGUGAUCAUCACAGUGUCGCUGGCGGCGCUGCUACAGGGAUUUGUGCAGUCCUCGUUCAACGGCGCUUCAUUCUAUUCGGAGGAAUGGGGUCUCACGGAGGAUUCAACAUGGAAGCUUGGAGGCACAAAUGCUGCGGCCUGGUUCGCAGCAGCACUCGUCGGAUGCCCCCUGUCGCUUCCCAUCAACUACUACUAUGGACGACGCGGCGGACUCAUUGUGGCCUCGGUGUUCCUCUUCACAAGCUCGGUGGCUGCCAUUUUCGCAGAGAGUUGGACUGCACUUCUCUGCAUUCGCAUUAUCAACGGCCUGGGUAUGGGCGUCAAGGCUGUCAGCACGCCCAUCCUAGCCUCUGAGACGGCCGUCGGUUUUUGGCGAGGGUCCGCCAUCCUCGCGUGGCAGCUGUGGGUGGCCUUUGGCAUUAUGCUGGGCUUCGCGUUCAACCUCCUCUUCACCACGGCGGCCACCGAUCGCAUCACGCUGGGGCUCAUCCAGGGGGCGCCUCUCGUCCCAGCGCUGGCCCUCUUCUUCAUGGCCGUCUUUGUGUGUCCCGAGUCCCCGCGCUACCACCUGCAAAAGGGGCCCAACUACAGCCCCGAGAAAGCCUACAUGAUCCUACGCCAGCUGCGCAACACGGAGCUCCAAGCGCUGCGCGACAUGUACGCCGUCUACAAGUCCAUUGAGCAGGAAUCCAUGGGAGCCAUGACGGCCGACUCGCGCGCCCAUCUCAACCCCGGCUUCUGGUGGACGAUCCGCGACUUUCUCCUCGCCUUCCGCCAAUUGUUCCAGCAGCGUCGCCUCUACAACGCGCUCAUCUCAGCGGCGACCGUCAAUGUGGCUCAGCAGCUGUCUGGUGUCAAUGUCUUUGCCUUCUACUCUACCGAGCUGGUGCGCGACGUAGGUGACUCGAGUGCCUCGGCCGCACACAUGGACAGCCACAUCAAGCCCAUGGCGUACAGUCUUGGGUUCGGCGCCAUCAACUUCCUCUUCUGUCUUCCAGCCGUGAGGAGUAUCGAUACACUGGGUCGAAGACGCUGGCUUCUCAUGACGCUGCCAUUCAUGGCCAUCUUCAUGCUGGGUGCUGCGUUGUCCUACAACAUCCAAGACACAAGCAACAGAACUGGUAUCGUAGCUCUGUUCCUGUACCUGUUCGCGGUGGCGUACUCCCCCGGUCUGGGUCCCAUUCCCUUCACCCUCGCGUCCGAGAGCUUUCCCCUCUCGCAUCGUGAGGCGGGUACCGCAUGGCCCAUCUCAAUCAACCUCUUCUUUGCCGGACUGCUCUCCAUGCUCUACCCUGCCAUCCGCGACGACGAGAACGGUCUAGGUGACGGCGGCUCCCUCGGUCUCUUCGCCGGCCUCAACGUCCUCGCCUUCAUCCUCGUCUUCUUCCUCGUGGAGGAGACAAAGAGCCGCUCCCUCGAGGAUCUCGACCUCGUCUUCGCCGUCUCCAAGCGCCGCUUCAUGUCCUUCCAGGUCCAGGAGUACCUCCCCUGGUUCGUCUGCCGCUACAUCCUCAACAGGGACGAGCCGCCGCCGGAGCUGUACCACGACUACAUCUGGGGCCCCUGGAAGCGUGAAGCCGGCCUUGUGACAGAUGUUGCAGUUGCAGCGAUAGAUCCUCUGGCGAGGUCGUGGGUCUAG